AUGGAUGAAAAUAAUCGCGUCAAAACUCCUCUUGAUCCAGGGCAAGUUAUUUCAGAUAUUGAAUCAGUACCACAAUCUUUGGGAAAAGUGAAUGGUAAAGCUAAAAUUAUGAAUACUCCAACAAAGAGGUAUAAUCUUAGAAAUACUAGCUUUUCGUCAAUUACUUCAUCGGACCAAGUGAUAGAGGUCCUGGAAUCACAGAAUGCUAACGAUUUGAUUGUUCCAUUUUCAGAAUACUUUCACAAAGAUUGCCGUCCUACUGAGAAUUAUCUGUCGUCCGAUAGUCCUAACGACGAUUUAAUCCAGUUUCUAAGAGAAUUAAUAACUGGAAAAGACCGGAGAAAUAGGUUUUUUAUGAGCCAAGAGCUACAGAAAACAUCCCUCUUAGUUGUUGAAUUAAUAGAAAAAAGGCUUCAUGAACAAGAAAAGUCUCGAGUAGGAAUGAAUGAUAAUAUCGAACCUCUGUUGAACUCUCCAGUUUCAGUGCAAACAGAACCAGAAGGGAAUCAAGAUCCAAGAUCAUUCCCACGCAUCGAAUUAUACAGCACUGGAUUUCAAGAUCGGGGCAAAGUAGUUUGCUACUACAGUGCUUGGGCAUACACAAGGCCAGAACCAUGGGACUAUGACAUCGAAGAUAUCCCAGGGGAUCUGUGCACAGAUAUAAUAUAUUCCUUUGUCGGUUUGAACAAUCAAACAUGGGAGCUUUUCAGCAUUGAUCCGGAGUACGACUUAGAAAAUGGAGGAUACAAGAGAUUCACUGCUCUCAGGGUGAAACAUCCACACCUGAAGUUGCUGCUAGCCGUUGGAGGAUGGGCCGAAGGAGGACGCAAGUAUUCCGACAUGGUUGGAGAGAAGUCCAGAAGGGACAUUUUUGUCAGAAGCGCUGUCAAGUGGGUCAUGGACUUCGGAUUCGAUGGAUUCGACCUCGACUGGGAAUAUCCAGGCGCUUCAGACAGGGGAGGAAAAUAUUCGGACAAAGAGAAUUUCUUGAAAUUAGUCGAGGAGCUGAAAGUUGCUUUUGAGCCUCAUAAACUUCUUUUGACUUGUGCAGUUCCGGUGGCGAGAUUUCGACUUCAGGAAGGUUAUGAAGUUCCAAGACUAGCAGAGCUCUUUGACUGGAUAAAUGUGAUGACAUAUGAUUUACGAGGUAACUGGGCUGGUUUCGCUGACGUGCACAGUCCAUUGUACCGGAGACCGUUUGACCAAUGGGCUUAUGAAAAACUAAAUGUGCAUGAUGGCCUCCAACUAUGGGUUGAAAUGGGAGCUCCAAAACACAAGCUUGUAGUUGGUGUUCCCUUCUACGGAAGAACUUACACAUUAGGUAGCAAAGAAAAUACAGGACUUAGAGCUGGAAUCAAGAAGUGGGUUGGUGGUGGUUUACCUGGUCCUUAUACCAACGCAAGUGGAUUUCUUGCUUAUUAUGAGAUUUGUCCCUUCGUCAACAGUGGAGAGUGGACCAAGAAGUAUGACGAUGUAGGAAAAUGCCCUUACGCCCACUAUGACGAUCAGUGGAUUGGAUAUGAAGAUGAAGACAGCAUUGCAAUUAAGAUGGACUAUAUUCGACAACAAGGUUAUGGUGGAGCAAUGAUCUGGGCUAUUGACAUGGAUGACUUCAACGGAGAAUGUGGACGCAAAAAUGCACUUCUGGAAGUGAUGAAUGAGAAAUUAAGAGGUUAUGUUCCUCCAAAGCCAGAUCCCAAGCAAACUACACAAGGCACUACAUUGUCAACUAGUAAAUGGUGGCCUCCCAGGUCGACAGAAUCCAGUACUCAAAUGACAUGGUGGCCACCCGCAACGACGCAGUCCAGCACAGUGUGGUGGUCUCCCAGCAGCUCAACAACUCCUAGACCAUCACAAGGCAGUGGUCCAUCCUCGUCAGGAGCUGUCCCUUCUGACAAGGGGUCUGACAAAGGGUCUGUAUCUCCCUAUGACCAACCUGGCGCACCAGAUUGUAAAAGUGGGUCUGAAGUUUUGCCCCAUGACGAUUCUGACAAGUACUACUGGUGUGUCGCUGGAAGACCUGUCCUGAUGCAGUGCGAAAAAGGUUCGCAUUUUGAUGAAAGCACUGGGAAGUGCGCCUGGAACAAAGGAAUUCGGAGAACCAAUUAUGGAGGCUACCACUAUCAGUUUAGAACUUACAUUGGGAAAUGAAUGAUUCUGGAUAUUUCUUAGCCGAGGCACGGCUUUCUGGGAUGAAAGACAAAACUUGCUCGAUCUUAAAAACAAGUUGAAGUUCAAAAGAAAAAUUACAUGACAUAUCAAAGAUGAAGGAUGCUAUGUGAUAUUUGGACGUGUUAUGCAAAAAUGAGGAGACCAACAAAAAAUUUUAAAAUGAGCUAUUCACACAGUUUGGCAGAUAAACUGACAUACUAGGGCGUGCAAUGAUAAUUUAAACCACAUUCUGUAUUACUAUACCAUAUAAUUAAUAAAAUGCCAACCCACAUCCAAGAAACUGGGCACUGGAGUUCCACUUUGAGCUAAAAUUGCUCAAAAGUGCUGCUCGCUGGAUUGACUUAUUUUUGUAUAACACCAUCCAUUUAAUAGUUAACAAUGUAACAUUUCUUAGGGUUUCCCCCUUUUAUUUACCAACUGCAUCUCUAAAAUCUAACUUAUGUAAUUUCUGUAGC